CUCUCUCUCUUUGUGCGCAAAGUGCUGAUGAGUUCCGGAGCGGCAGGUCGAAUCAGCGCCGAUCUCUGGUCAGAGAUCGCCGCCGUCGAUGAAGAGCAAGAGCGGUUGCAACAGCAUCAGCGACCCAGGCAACAACAAGCGAUUUACCAGAGGAGGAAGCAGGAGAAAGUCAGUAAGCAGAAUGCAGCGGCUGGUAGCGGCAAGAACGUCGUUAAUGUGGCUCGGGUGAGUUUGGCGGCUAAUGGCAAGCGGGUCAGCUGGAACCGUGCCCUUUCCACCAGAGGGAGAACAAGUAUAGCUGUCACUGCUUGUGUAGAUCAUUGUCCUGGACGGAAGCAUGCCAGAAGGAAAGCAAAACCUCCUCUCCCAAAUGCAAAGGUUGUGCAUAGCUUCGAUAAGGAAAGGUCAUACUUUCAAGAGGUUGAUGCAUUCGAGUUGUUAGAGGAGAGUCCCUCUCCCAAGAAGUCUGGUACCUGGGUUGUUGGCAAUCAAACUGACACUGUCAUACCUCACUUGUCAUCUAGGCUAGAGAAAUGGUUGAUAUCAAAGAAAUUGAAUCAUAGUUUCGGACCUUCAAGCACACUCUCAAAGAUAUUAGAAACCUCAGCCAUGCCCUCGGGUGCGAAGUUGGAGACGCCUAGUCAAUCUUUACCGCGGAUCAAUUCAACUAUGUGCCCAAGUUUGGUUUGUAAGAAUGAUCUCAAAAGGCAUGGUCAUUCUCAGCUUAGCAAACUGGAAUUGAAGGAUGUCGCUGAUGAGAGUUGUAAAGAUCUAGAAACUGCUGUUAGGAAGCUGUCUCUGGCUUCAACUUGUGAUACAUCCGAUGGGGAUCAGUGGAACCCAUUUGCUGCACUACUUGCAGUUUGUGGGCAGACAGCUCCUUCUACUCUUGUGGACGUGUUCUCUAAAUUUUGUGCCCCUGAUAAUGUUAUCAAAAUUGGUGAGGGUACAUUUGGGGAAGCCUUCAAGGCUGGUAACUAUGUAUGCAAGGUGGUUCCCAUAGAUGGCGACUUGCGAGUUAAUGGUGAAGUCCAGAAGAGAUCGGAAGAACUGCUUGAGGAGGCUGUACUUUCUCAAACUCUCAACAGAUUAAGAGAGUGCAAGGACGAUGCUUAUAAUGCAUGCACGACAUUCAUACAAACGAUAGAUCUGAGGGUCUGCCGAGGUACGUAUGAUGUGGAAUUAAUCAGAGCAUGGGAAGAUUGGGAUGAAAAUAAUGGUUCAGAAAAUGAUCAUCCCAAGGGAUUUCCAGAGAAACAGUGCUAUAUGGUGUUUGUCCUGGAACAUGGGGGCAAGGAUCUUGAGAGUUUUGUGCUUUUGAACUUCGAUGAAGCACGAAGUCUACUUGUUCAGGUUACUGCUGCCCUGGCUGUGGCUGAAGCUGCAUACGAAUUUGAGCACCGUGAUUUACACUGGGGGAAUAUCCUAUUAAACCGGAAUGAUUCUAGGAUGCUGAAGUUCAUGCUUGAAGGAAAGCAUAUCAAUGUCAAGACUUUUGGAUUGUGCAUAUCCAUAAUUGACUUCACCCUUUCUAGAAUUAAUACCGGCCAAGAUAUACUCUUUCUGGAUCUAUCCUCGGACCCUUAUCUCUUUAAAGGUCCAAAAGGAGAUAAACAAUCUGAAACGUAUCGAAAGAUGAAAGAAGUGACAGAAGAUUACUGGGAAGGAAGCUUCCCAAAAACGAACGUGCUAUGGUUGGUGUACUUGGUCGAUAUAUUACUACUGAAGAAAUCAUAUGAACGUUCGUCAAAGGAUGAAAGGGAAUUGCGAUCUUUGAAGAAACGCUUAGACAAGUAUGAUUCAGCCAAAGAAGCAAUUUCUGAUCCAUUUUUUGCUGAUCUAUAUGUUGACAGUGCAGUGUGAUCGGAGAAUUUGAACUGCAGUUUAUUUGUGAAAUGGGUAUUUAUUGCGGGUACAAAUACAUAGAAAUGCCUGUAAUUACUCAUCUAGAAACUCCGAGUUCGCGUAACAAGAGUUCAGGUAGGUUUUUGAGUAGUGUAUGCUAUGUUUUCUAAAGCAUGUUCUUAUUUUUUCCA